AUGGAAAACGUAAGAAAAGAGUUCGACAGCCUGCUGAAGCACACACCAGACACAGCUCGCUCAAUAUGGUCAAUCAAUACAUCUGAAGCGGUAUAUGAUCACCUGAACUCCAUUAACAGCAAACCUAAUGGAAGAACGACAUUUAGCAUCAGGGUCGAUGGCAUCAUAGAAACUUUGGAUAGCUUCCUCUACGUAGUCAGGGAAACACUCGAUGCUAUUCUGGACAAAAACCAGGAGUAUGAACCUAUGAUUUGGGGGAGUACAGCUCAGAUUUUGGCUCAAGCAUGUGAGAGAAGGACGACGCAUGAAAAGGUAGUUUUUAUGCUCGAAGACCUUACUAUCUCUACUGCAUUGCCAUCAUCGACCAUCACGGGAUUUCGAUCAAAGUUCCUCAACUGUUUCGUUCGUCGGCUAUUUGCAGAACUGGCAAUAGGUCUAUUACAGCUGGCUUUGAUUCUUCAGAAGUAUCCACAAGGUAUGCCACUCUAUGUUUCUACGUCAUUGGAGCUUCGACUGACAGUAUUGAAAGCACCCGAUAAGAAACAACCAAAGUUUGUCGAGUUUGAAGAAGGGCACAUUAAGGCUAUACAAAGGGUCAAGGCAUGGGCCGACCGUGUCAAAGGAGUAAACUCCUAUGGCUCAUCAACCUCACCAUUAGUAUCACGGCCUAUUCGACUUUCAGGUGACCAGAUACCAAUCAGCCUCAACGAGCAUUUUCUUGGACGUGAAGACGACCUGCGCAUACUUCGCCACAAACUUGAAUCUUCUACCGGAUGUCUCUCUGUAGUGAGCAUUCAUGGCCUACCGGGUAUAGGCAAGACUGAGCUAGUAGCACAAUAUUGCAAAAGAUAUAGAAACAAGUACGACGCGUGUCUCUGGGUUACAUCCGACAAGCAGGCCAAAAUCAUCGACGCACUGUCAGGAUACACCAUGAUGCUGCAACUGACGGGAAGUUCAGUGGAGAAUGAGCCCAGGAAUGUCCAGAUAUUGCUGUCUUGGUUACGAACCACCUGGGUAAAAUGGCUCGUCGUUUUCGACAAUCUUGACGAUCCAUCUGAAAUCAACGACUUUUGGCCGUCUGGCGGCAGCGGCCACAUCAUCAUAACCACCAGAAGUCACACCACCGCUGAGUGUUGGUCUGCGGUGACACUUCAAAUUCCUCCGCUGAGUCCUGAAUGCUGCAAAGAACUCUUCUACAGCAUCAGUGGCAAACACAAGAUCAGGCAACACAAUCAACAGAUGGAUGCUGUCAUGAGAGAAUGGGAAGGCGUACCGCUAGCCUUGAACCACAUCGGCAGUUACAUAAGCAGCCGACGUCUGAGUAUCGAGCAAUUUCUAAAGAUUUAUCAUGACUAUGCUUAUGAGAUUUAUCGGUCCAAGUAUGGCAAGAGGAAAUAUCCACACAGUAUUGCAACCGCGUUCUCAGUUAGCAAGGUGGAAGGAAGUAACAAACUUCUACUGCAAUCCUUGUGUUUCCUAGAUCCGGACAGAAUCCCCACCGACAUUCUCCUGUGGGAAUCUAAUACAGGUCAAGUAGCGACCAGAAUACCGAGUGCAUACGAGUUAUACGAAGCGAUAUCGAGCCUCUCCGAGGGCGGUUUGGUGACUCAAACCGAUGAGUACAUCGCUAUCCACAGAUUCGUACAGCGAGUCAUUUUGACGGGAAUGACGAACGCAGAAAGGAUCUCAAUGUUCGAUCACACUCUGUCUCUUCUGUAUCAGAAAUUUCCCCGUGAAAUUGCUGGCAAGCCAAUGUGGGAAAACUGGGUUCAGUGCAAUGCCUACGUCCCGCAUGUCCAAUUCCUUUGUCAACGAUACAACGAACUGUUCAAAGACAGUCGAAAAAAUGUUCAGCUUGCUGAACUGUUGAGUUCUUGCACCUGGUAUCUCGUAGAACGCUGCCUGUUCACAGAGGCGGAGCCUUUGAUAUUGAUCGCUCAAGCUGUGUGCCCGGAUCAGGGUCAAGCUUCGCUGACGCUCGCCACUGUAUUGUUUAACUUGGCUGGCGUUCGAUUUGAGUGCAAUCGGAUUGAUGAAGCGCUAGAACUUUGCAAAAAGGUAUUGACAAUCCGACAGCAAAUGCUCCAGCCAGAUGACCCCCUCCUUGGCAACACUCUAUACUCUAUCGGCAUUGUUUACAUGGAGGCGGGCGAUCUGGAAGAAUCCCUAAGAUUGCAUUUACGGGCGAUAGAAAUCCAUGAAGACUGCCAGGCAAAGUCGAAACACGACGGCUCCCCAACAGCGAUGGCCUAUUUGGAUUUGGGUCUUUGCUACUGGAGGAUGAAAAACUUUGAUCUUGCCUCGAUGUACAUCGAAAAACGUCUUGUAAUUCAUGAAUUGACCACGGGGAAGACAUCACUAAAAUAUGGGCAGGGGCUAUACUAUUUGUCACAAGUCAGAGAAUCGCAAGGAAAGUUCAAGGAGGCCAAGAGAGCUGCCAAGGAAUCUCUCAAAAUUUGUCAGAAGGAAACGCCCAACGAAUUCAAAACCGGACUGGGACUCCACAAAGUGGCAACCUUCUAUCACAGGGAGGGCGAUCUAAACAAGGCACUCUUUGAUCCUAACCCUCGAGUCGCAAGAUCCAUGUUCAGAAUGUCGGAGAUCCUCGCUGAUAUGGGUAAAGCUGAUGAAGCUGUCACAAUAAGGGAGAAGGCAGAACUAUUGAGGAGCACGAUUAAGACAUUUGCCUACGACCCUCGUGCGACAGUUGAGGCCUUUGACAAAUUGGUUCCUUCGUUUCUUGCUUAG